AUGGCAGCCCUCGCAUCGCAGACCUACACGCCCACCGAGGAGGCCGAGAUCCAACAGUGGCUCACCACCUCGGAGCGCCUCAAGACCUCGGACGACGCCGCCUCCAUCCUCGCCACCCUCAACGCCCACCUCGCCUCCCGCACCACCCUGCUCGGCGCCAAGCCCUCCAAGGCCGACGUCGCCAUCUACCAGGUCCUCGCCCCGGCCGUCAAGAGCUGGUCCGCCGAGCAGCGCACCGGCAAGGACGGCCACCCCAACAUCGUCCGCCACCUCGACUUUGUCCAGAACAGCCCCGUCUUCGGCCUCGAGGUCAAGGACGAGGAGAAGAUCGACGUCAACGCCGACGAGGUCCUCUACGUCAAGCCGCCCGUCGACGCCAAGGCCGAGAAGGAGAGGCUGAAGAAGGAGAAGGCCGCCGCCGCCGCUGCUGCCGGCACGCCUGCUGCUGCUGCCGGCGCCGGCGACAAGAAGACCCUGGUCGACCGCACCAAGGAGGCAGUCGCCGCUGUCGGCGACAAGGCCGCCCAGGCCAAGGACGCCGCCGUCGCGGCCGUCGCCGGCGGCGAGGGCAAGAAGAAGGAGAAGAAGGAGAAGCAGCCCAAGCAGCAGAAGCCCGCGCCGGCGGCCGAGAAGCCCCUGUCCCCGGGCCUCAUCGACCUGCGCGUCGGCCACAUCCUGAAGGCCAUCAAGCACCCGGACGCCGACUCGCUCUACGUCUCGACCAUCGCCAUGGGCGACAAGCCCGGCAGCCCGGACACGGAGGAGUACGAGGGCCAGGUAUGCCGCACCGUGUGCUCCGGGCUCAACGGCCUGAUCCCGCUUGAGGAGAUGCAGGGCCGCAAGAUCGUCGCCGUGUGCAACCUCAAGCCCGUCAAGAUGCGCGGCAUCAAGUCGUGCGCCAUGGUGCUCGCCGCCUCGCCGCGCCUCAAGGAGGGCGAGGCCGACGACCACAAGGGCCCCGUUGAACUCGUCAGCCCGCCCGCCGACGCGCCCGCCGGCGAGCGCGUCUACUUCGAGGGCUGGCAGGCCGAGCCCGAGAAGCAGAUCAACCCCAGCUCCUCCAAGAAGAAGAGCGUGUGGGACGUCUUCCAGCCCGGCUUCACGACGACGAGCGACCUCGAGGUCGGCUUCGACGCCGGCGUCGUCACGGAGCUGGGCAAGCAGGGCUUUGGCAAGCUGCUUACUGCCAGCGGCAAGCCUUGCACCGUCAAGACUCUGACCAACGCCGUCGUGAGGUAG